ACGUGCUAUAACGUGUGCAAGGAAAACAGGAGCCAACCACUAUAUUCAAACGCCGAUUUUGACAAAACCUUUGCAAGAAAUCUUACCCGAAGCACGUGAUAUCCUUCAGUACCUCCUCCAGGAACUGCAAUGCCACUGUGUCAACAAAUAUACAAUUACUAUCGGUCAAGUACCAGCAUCGAGUUUCAGCAAAUUCCAGUUCGCAUUCGGCAUGUGGAAUAGGCUUGUUCAGACCGUAAUUGACAGAUUGUAUGCCAUAGAUAGAAUAGCAAGAAAUCACAGACGACCAGAAAGUGGUAUACCGGGAGCCAUUACCUCGUCCAUUCUAAAAAAGGUCAACCGGCCUGUGCAAAGAAGUGCUGUCAAAUAUCUUGACGUCCGGCCCAAUCAUGCCGUCCUUGAAAUCGGCUUUGGACUUGGUUACGGAAUCCAGCAUGUCCUCGAUAUCAUUAAAGAAGGAGACGGUUCUCUUCAUGGCGUGGACAUCUCAGACGAAAUGGUCAGAAGAACGGCGAGACGUUUCCAAAAGGAAAUCAAGGACAAAAAGGUCAACAUUUGCAUUGGGGACGUGGCAUGCAUGCCUUAUGAAGACAACACAUUUGACAGAGUAUUCCAUACAAAUUCUUACUACUACUGGCCAGAUAUGGAUGAAGCAGCCCAGGAGAUCUACAGGGUGAUGAGAAAAGACAGCGUCAUGGUUACAGCAUUGGCGGCUGAUAGGGUAAAAGACGGAGUGAAAAAAGGAGUGCUGAAAUAUGGAGACUCAGAUCAAACACGCUAUAUUGACGCCCUGAGGAAAAAUAACUUUGUUGAUGUUCAAGUACAGGAUUUUUAUGAAGCAGCGGAUGGCCUGUUCCCAUGGUACCAGGCGAUUUUUGCCUAUGUGAAAAAGAAAUGAAUCUUUCUUUAUUAUCUCAUGGUUAGGCAACGCCAAUUUAAUACCUUCGAUAGCGGCCUGUAAGAAUCUAUCCGCUGAAUGUGGGGAAACUAAUUUCAUACCACCCACCAACCAGUGCCAAAAGUCACAUGUUGACACUAACACAAAUUUUAUAGAGAAAAACAAUUGUCUGGUUUGAAUUUCAUUGAUAUAGAAAACGUAAGUUUCAUUUACCCCAUAACCCCAUUUACCCCAUAACCCCAACAAGUUGGUGCCUGUCAUUUUGAUUUUGGUGCCUGACAUGAACUCUAGUAUUUUUUUUCGCGGACACUAAAUUUUUAUCACAAUCCAUGGAUUUUUGAAAUUUACUCUUGGUUUUUUUAGGUAUUUUAAUUGGCGACUGCAAUGGGGAAUAGAACUAUGAUGGGCACAUAUUUAAUUCUUAUAUAAAAGCCCUACCCAUAAUUUUAAAGCCCCAGCCCAUCAUUUAUUCCAGACUUUAUCUAUUAAAUGUAUGUAAAAGAUGUAGAAGCUGAAUAAAAGUAGGAUAGA